AUGCAGCACGUCUACCCGCACCAGCAGCAGUACCCUGGCGAGUGGUCGCAGCACCACCAGCAGCACCCAACCCACCAUGUAGCCCACCAGCAGCAAGGCCAGCUCCAGGCGCAUCAGGCGCAGGCUCAGGCUGCUGCGGUCGCCGCGGCUGCCGCACAGCAACAGCACUUCGCGCGCAUGGCUGGCAACAACGGCAACUCUGUACCUGGCGGCGGCAUCAUUCCACGUGGACCGGCGAACGACGUCCAGGGCAACAGCCAGGCUGUCAUGUCUGAGGAGAACCAGCGCGUCUUGGAGUGGAUCGCCCAGCUUAUGAAGCCCAACACACGCGAGACCGCCCUCCUCGAGUUGAGCAAGAAGCGCGAGCAAGUGCCAGAGCUUGCCUUGAUCCUGUGGCAUUCAUUUGGUGUCAUGGCGUCGCUGCUUCAAGAGAUCAUCUCCGUGUACCCACUGCUGAACCCGUCGCAAUUGACCGCCGCAGCCAGCAACCGCGUCUGCAAUGCACUUGCGUUGCUCCAAUGCGUCGCCUCCCAUACUGAAACCCGUGGACUCUUCCUGGGAGCGCACAUUCCACUAUUCCUCUACCCGUUUCUGAACACGACGUCAAAGAGCAGACCGUUCGAGUAUCUUCGCCUCACAUCGCUUGGAGUCAUUGGCGCCCUCGUUAAGAACGACUCUUCAGAAGUCAUCAACUUCCUUCUUACUACAGAGAUUAUCCCGCUGUGCCUGCGCAUCAUGGAGACGGGCUCCGAGCUUAGCAAGACCGUCGCUAUCUUCAUUGUACAGAAGAUUCUUCUCGAUGACACCGGUCUUGCCUACAUCUGCCAGACUUAUGAGCGCUUCUAUGCCGUGGGCACGGUGCUGAGUAACAUGGUGAACCAGCUCGUCGAGCAGCAGACCGUGCGCCUACUGAAGCACGUCGUCCGUUGCUUCCUCCGCCUGAGCGACAACGCCCGCGCCCGCGAAGCUCUACGUCAAUGUCUUCCUGAGCCCCUCCGCGAUGCCACCUUCUCCUCUGUGCUCCGCGACGAUGCCGCAACUAAACGCUGCCUGGCCCAGCUGCUCAUCAAUCUCUCGGACAACGUUGCCGAAGUUGGAGGCAACCAGCUGAACCUCCAUUAG